UCCAGAGUUAGAGUGCUGUGUGGAGUGAGCAAGACAUCACAUGGAUAUCAACUGAUUCACUUUACAGGAUACUGGUGUUUUUAAGAGAACCAUUGGUUUUCAGUAUCAUGGCCGGCUGGACUUUAAAUGGCACAUUUUCAACUGGGCAGAGUUGCUUGGAAGUCUGUUUCAUACAGCAAGCGAAAGCAGUGCGUGAGCAGCUCAUGUUUUUUCAGCGCAUAAAUUAACAGGAAAUCGUGAACUCCGAGAAAACCAAGGCAUUUGUUUCGAAGACCACUUGACUGGCUGACAUGGAAGGGAAAGAGGAAAUCAGUGAUACAGACAGUGGGGUUAUUCUACAUUCUGGGCCUGACAGCCCCACCACAGUGAUGAAGGACGUGAAUACUCAUACUCGGGCCAUGAAACUAAAGCAGCAGGCUCUGGAGGACAGGCUGAAGCUGUGUUUACUGGAGCUCAAGAAACUCUGUAUCAGAGAGGCUGAGCUCAUAGGACAUUUGUCCUCAGACUAUCCCCUGUUACCUGGUGAGAAGACCCCUCAAAUUCGCAGGCGCAUUGGAACUGCUUUUAAACUUGAUGAACCAAGCAUCCUACACAGAACUGAGGACUCUGAGCUGAGCUCUGUGGAGGCUAAACUGGCUCUGCAGCAUCAGAUAAAAGUGGCGGUCCAGAGGCUGUGCCAGGAGGAACAUCUCAGCAAGUCGGUGAAGAGAAGUCGUCAACAGCAGUACCAGCGUGAGGAGAGGAAACUCAAAGAUCUGCAGGAAGCUGCAUUCAGGUUGAGGCUAGAACAUGGCCGAUCCUCACCGCGCCCUGGCAUGAUUGCACAGAGAGAUCAAGGUACUUCAGACAAUAGUUCAUUGUGUGACUCGGCGGUGUUAGAUGAGGAGGAGCUAACAAGUCAGUCUUCCCAGCUUUCUUCAGAGCCUCCUGCUCAUGCUGUAGACCCUCAGCCUUCACCCCCAGGCAUCUCUCAUCCCCCUCCUCAUACACCCACAGGCCCCUCUUACAGGCGCCCUGAGUCCAUUCCCCGCCAAACCCCCACACAAUCGCUAGAGGACUUACACCCCUGCCAGAGCCCAAUCCUAGAGCAAGACCCUGCCCCCAUUCAAAACUCUCCAUGGACGGAGUCGAGUCUGGACCAGCCUUAUCAGAAACAGAAAAGAUCUCAUUCUAGUAGCACCAAAUCCAGUAGUCCUGCUGUUACCCCCACCUUGCCUCCUCUGGAAGUUUGUCUUGCGGAGGCUGGAAUAACACUGCAGAUACCCACCCAUACAGCCCUGAGACACACGCAAUCCUGCAGUGCACCCUCCACUCCAGAGAUGCACCUGCGCAGAAGACAAUCCCUCAGAGUUCCCAACACUGAGCCGAAUUAUGGUCCAGAUCGGGAGCAUGGGUGCUCUAGGGGUCCCAGAAGACUGUUAACAGACUUUGCGUUGUCAUCACCAGACUACUCUCCUGUGAGAUUAACUGUAGGAAAUCCGAUAUACUACUCCAGCUCUGAGGACAGCAACUCUGAGCACUCAGUCCAAUCGUACGCCAGCUCACCCUGCCAGGAGCACUCUGGGGAACUGCCGUGGCACUACCAACCACAGUACGGAUACCAAUACGGCAGCUUCGCCGAUAACAGCGUACCACAGAGAUAUUCCCCUACCCACUUCUACAAAAACACCCAGAACCAGUCCUCACCUAGUUUUUCCAGGGGGUAUGUAGAGGAUGGAUGGGGCCAUCAUUUAGAUAUGGACACCGGAAGGUUAUAUAUAAGCCACCAGGCCCCUUUCCCUGCUUACUCCAAUGGCCACUAUGAGUACUGCUAUAAUGAGGCUUUGCCUCAUCAGCAGCAAAGUUGCAGGAUUUUACCCGCCCAUAUGAGACUGUCGCGGGCCCCUUCACUAAGAGAGUAUCCUCCUAACCACCCGAGCAGAGGCCUACCUCGCCAGGUGGUGUCCGAGGAGCUCAAAUCUUGGCGUCAGCGCAGCCAACUCCAACCGCCUCGACAACAAUCGCUGGACCGAAACAGGCAGGACGCGCUCCGCAUCCGAAAUGCGUCAGGACGAGUGUCACCACUUACCCUUUCCCACCACCACAAGUUCCAGGAACAGCAGGUAUCUCAGAAACAGGUCAUUCUGAGGACUCCAGACAGGAUGUACGAGGAUGACUCUGAGGUUGCCAGCCAGGUGUAAACACCUUUCCUGGAACCUUGGACACAGUUCUGACAAGAGUCCUAUUUAUUCAAUAAUUUAUUGAGCUGAUGGACUGAAGUGAAGACUUGAGAUUUUUAACAUUGAACAACAUUUAGAGAUAUUUCAAGCUUUUUUUGCAACCAUUUAAAAUGGCUUGUCCUAAAAUAUGAUAUGACAAAGUUUUACUGUGAAAGAUAAAAGUAAUUAUGUUUUAUAGUUUUUUAUUGAUAAACUUAAGGAAAGGUUUUUGUAUGAUGAAAUAAAUCUAGUUUGUUACUAAUUUUGGUAACACUACAAUAAGGUUCCAUUUGUCAACAUAAUCUUGGUUAAUGUAAAUUUUAACAUAUAGUAAUAAAGUUUUUUUAAUAUCAAAAGUUGUAUUUUUAGCAUUAGUUAAUGCUCUAUGAACUAACAUUAAUAAUGAACAAUUGUAUUUUUAUUAACCAACAUUAACAAAGAUUAUAAAAAUGCAUUAAUUAGUGUUAAUGAAUGGAGCAUUAUUGUAAAGUGUUACCCUAAUGUUUUAUGUUUCUUGUUUGAUACUGGGCUGAAUAAAGUUAAAAAAUAUGGAAUUAUUCUUCAUUCUGAUGUAUUAAUUGUACUACAAUGUAUUCAUUUUACUGAUAGUUUUGAUUUACAAAGUAAAUCUUCAAAUGGGAAAUAAUCAAUAGUGUAAGAAAACAUAAAAAAAGAAAAAAUGUAGAUGUAGUAUAAACCACCUCUGAUUUUGGUGGCAUAAUCACAGUUUUCCUCUU